AUGACCGACACUGAUCCUGAGAGCCCCCCCUCCCGUGACUCCCUCGACCCCUGGAAGCUGAAGAUGGCCAGUGGCGGGUAUUACAUCCAGUCCAAGAUUUUACACGUCCCCGAUCAAUUCGGUUUCUUCUCUGCUGGUCCACCUUCGCUCCAGGUAAAGGAUGCUGAGAGUUUCACCAGACUAUUGGCGUAUUUAUCUACCCUGGGCACCUUGGAAGCGUUGAUCCUUGCUUAUUUAUGGCGGAAUGAAUCCUUUGAGUGGUUUAUGGUCUAUGACCUUUUGACGAUAAACUGCGAACUCAUCGUGGGUGUCUAA